UAUUUACUAGGACAUAUAUGAAUUGAUCAUAAGUCCAGCUAUGAUCCAUGAGUUGAUUCUUGGAUUUCACAUUUGCGAGUUGCUUUUCCAACACAUCUAAGUUAGGAGAUUGCUUAAAUUUACAAACAAAAGAUGCCAAUUCAUAAGUUCCAAGCAACAAUUUUGCACAAAAAAUUAUAAUGAUCGACAUCAUCCAACCUUUUUUCCUUCACAAUUCCUUUUCACGAAGAAGAGAACAAAACUAUGAUGGCUUUCAAAAAAGAGUACCUUGAUUUGUUCUUGGUACCAAGUGGUCUAAUUAUUAUGAUUGGUUAUCAUCUCUGUUUGCUCUAUAGAUACCUCAAAGUUCCACAUACUACUGUCAUGGGGUUUGAAAACAAUGACAAAAGAGCUUGGGUUGAAAAAAUUAUGUUGGAUGAUAAAAAGAAUAUUGAUACAGCUCUAACUGUUCUAGGAUCUAGUCUCUCUGGAGCAACAUUCUUGGCAUCUGUUUCACUAAGUUUGAGUUUUCUCAUUGGAGCUUGGAUGGCCAACAAGAAUGUUUUUAGCAGUGAAUUAAUAUAUGGCGACACAAGAUUAGAAACUAUGUCCAUCAAAUUCAUUAGCUUGCUACUCUGCUUCAUGCUGGCAUUUUCGUGCUUUGUUCAAUCGUCGAGGUGCUUCAUUCAUGCGAAUUACCUAAUUAGCACGCCUGAUACUGAUAUACCGAUUAGCUAUGUUGAAUUGGCUGUUAUUAAGGGAGGUGAUUUUUGGUCGCUAGGACUUAGAGCACUUUAUUUUGCUACGCCUUUGUUGUUGUGGUUUUUUGGCCCGAUUCCUAUGUUUGCUACGUCGAUUGGAAUGGUAUUCCUACUCCAUUACCUUGACAAGAACACGAAACAAUUGCAUAGACAUCGGUCUUCUGUAAAAGGAAACCAGCCAUACGAGAGACUCGAGUAGGAAGGCUGAUAUCGAGCGUUUAGUUAUGUGAAAUUUCUGUGUAAUGUGAGAGAUAUGCCCAUGAAGAUUGUCAAUAUAUAGACUGUUCAUAUCAUAGAAUGAGCCACGUAUAUAAGUGUACGGAAUAUGGAUUAUAUCCUAUGGUUAUCUGAAGUAAUGUAAGAAAUUGUACACCCUUCGUCCCGAUUUAUGUAAAGGUGUUUGAUUGGGCACGAAGUUGAAGAAUGAAAAUAAGACUUUUGAAAUUUAUGGUCUGAAAUAAGCUAUAGAUAUUUGUGUGGUUAUAAACCAGUUCA